AUGCCCGCAGCGGAAGUGAAAAGCGCGGGCACCGAGCGCCCACCCCAGAAGACGCGAAGACGCGCCCCUCACAGUCGAACGCAAGUCCUCAUGACAGCUCGCGCUGCGCUCUUUUUUCUACGCAACGAAAAACGGAAGCGCGCUUCCCAGGAGCCGCCAGACAAGCACGAUGCCGGCGUGCCUCUCCCGGGGGCACCCCACGAGGCGGAGCUUCGAAAGCACACAGGGGCCCGCCCGGCGACGGCUCUCGCGUCCCGACCACGAAGUCAACACGUCACAUACGUCCUUUUACACGUACACUCAGACUCGCGUACCCCAUCGGCACCCGAGUUUGGCGCCAGCGACGAAGCGAGCGCGCGCCUGGCAGCGGAGACGUCGCCGAGCGGCGCUCUUCGAAGCACGCGCUUGUCGAGGCAAAAACGGCAGCUGCGAUCCGUCACCGAGUGCAGCCCCACCUGGGGAAGGCGCGCCUAG